AUCAAAAUUAGUUUCCUUAUUUUCUGGUAAAUAAAGAUGACAAUUUUCGGUCUAAAAAUAGAAUCAACCAUUUUCAUCGGAAAAAGCAGAAGAAAAUGUCGAGCAUUACAAGCACCCUCACUCCUAAAUUAUGCCGGAGUCAACUCCACAAUUACCGGCGUAAUUAUCUCAAUUCCGUCAAUUUCAUUUCCAAUUCAACCGUCCGAUUAACUUUUCCGACGCUUAAGCUUCGAGCUUCUUCUACUGCAGUAACCGAGACGACGCCGGAACCUAUUACAACUGACCAGAAAACUGAUACUCACAAUAGCAUUUUAGGUUGCGCAAUCUGUUAUGAACCUCUAGCAUGGAGUGGUGAUUCAAGUUUAUCAAUAGAGACUGUCCAAGGCACUACCUUACAGUGCAACACUUGUAGAAAGACGUACUAUGAAAAUGGAUCCAGUUUUAAUCUCACUGCAUCAAGUGGUGCCAAGGACUAUGUCGAAUCAAUGGCACCAGUAACAGAGUUUUUCAGCACUCCUAUCAUGUCAUAUGUGUAUGAAAGAGGCUGGCGCCAAAAUUUCGGGCUUGGUGGUUACCCUGGCCCUGAUAGAGAGUUUGAAAUGGCCAAAGAAUACUUUAAGCCUGUUUUAGGUGGAAACAUUGUUGAUGCUAGCUGCGGAAGUGGAUUGUUCUCAAGGCUUUUUGCCAAGAGUGGACUGGUUUCUCGUGUUAUUGCCCUUGAUUACUCACAAGCAAUGUUGCAGCAGUGCUAUGAAUUUGUCAACGAGGACCCAGGCUUCCCCAAAGAGAAGUUAAUUUUGGUCAGAGCUGAUAUCUCUAGACUUCCAUUUGUUUCUGGCUCCAUUGAUGCUGUGCAUGCUGGUGCCGCGCUACAUUGUUGGCCUUCUCCAUCCUCUGCUGUUGCUGAAGUAAGUCGAAUAUUAAGACCUGGGGGUGUAUUUGUUGCCACAACUACCAUAGCAGAUGGCCUUUUUUCGCUAGUGCCGUUUAGAAGUAAUUUCCGUGAGUAUCUGCAGCAAGUUUCUGGAUCACGUGUUUUCCUAUCCGAACGCGAGCUUAAAGAUCUUUGCACAACCUGUGGCCUAGUGGACUUUAGAUGCUCAAGGAACGGGCUGUUCGUUAUGAUCUCUGCUUCAAAACCCAAUUAAGCUUUUGGUUCUGUCAAUUGUCCCUGAAUCUUCCGGUCUGAGGUGUCAAUACAGAAAUUUCGUUAAAACUCAUGCAUUAGUAGUAGUAGACCUGUUCUAUGGGCUGGGGGACCGGCCCAUUUAAUUUCAGCCCAGCCCUAACCCGGCCUGUUGAACAGGUCUACAUUAGUACCAUCAAUGGUAACCAUGUAUUGCAUUCAUACAGAAAUUUCCUGUGUUGUUCAGGAUAUUCAUAUUCUCAGUACAUUUUUGUAUCAUUCUUUCUGCUUGUAUAGGUGUGCUGAACAAAUGUUAAUACCAUCAGUAUAAAUUGUAAUACCGUCAAACAUGAGGCUGAAUUUUUUUCCUUUUUAUAAUAAUUUGGCCGAUUCAGAGUUUGAAUUUGAAAA